AUGGACCGGCUGGCGGGGCAGGCAGGCGCGGCGCCAGUCGCGGCGGCAGCUGAGGCGGAGGCUGACGAGGAGGCGGACCCGCCGGCGGCAGACUCGCCCACGCCCCAAGUCAGCCAGCGGAGGGACCCGCAUCCCAGUCGGAUGCAGAUGCCACAGGGGAACCCGCUGCUGCUGUCCUGCACCCUGCAGGAGCUGCUGGCCAGGGACACUGUGCAGGUGGAGCUCAUUCCUGGGAAGAAGGGCCUCUUCCUGAAGCAUGUGGAAUACGAGGUCUCCAGCCAGCGCUUCAAGUCCUCCGUGUACAGACGGUACAACGACUUCGUGGUUUUCCAUGAGAUGCUGCUGCAGAAGUUCCCCUAUCGCAUGGUGCCGGCCCUGCCGCCCAAGAGAGUGCUGGGAGCCGACCGGGAGUUCAUCGAGGCCCGGCGAAGGGCGCUGAGGCGCUUCAUCAACCUGGUGGCUCGGCACCCUCCGUUCUCCGAGGACGUGGCCCUUAGGCUGUUCCUGUCCUUUAGUGGUCCCGACGUGCAGCACAAGUUAAAGGAAUCAGCUCAGUGUGUUGGAGAUGAAUUCAUGAACUGUAAGCUGGCUCCCCGGGCCAAGGACUUCCUCCCGGCCGACAUCCAGACUCAGUUUGCCGUCAGCCGGGAACUCAUUCGGAACAUCUACAACAGCUUCCACAAGCUUCGAGAUCGGGCCGAGCGGAUCGCGUCCAGGGCCAUCGACAAUGCUGCUGACCUUCUCAUAUUCGGGAAGGAGCUGAGUGCUUUGGGGUCUGACACGACCCCACUGCCCUCCUGGGCCUCUCUGAACAGCAGCACGUGGGGGUCCCUUAAACAGGCGCUGAGAGGCCUGUCCGUGGAGUUUGCCCUGCUUGCUGACAAAGCUGCCCAGCAGGGCAAACAGGAAGAGAAUGACGUGGUGGAGAAAUUGAACCUCUUCUUGGAUUUGCUCCAGUCGUAUAAAGACCUGUGCGAACGGCACGAGAAGGGUGUGCUGCAUAAGCACCAGCGUGCCCUGCACAAGUACAGCCUGAUGAAGAGGCAGAUGCUGAGCGCUGCUGUGCAGAGCCGUGAGCCCGAGUCGGUGGAGCAGCUGGAGUCCCGCAUCGUCGAGCAGGAGAACGCCAUCCAGACCAUGGAGUUGCGGAGCUACUUCUCCCUGUACUGCCUGCACCAGGAGACGCAGCUGGUCCACGCGUACCUGCCCCUCACCUCCCACAUCCUCGGGGCCUUUGUCAACUCGCAGAUCCAAGGGCACAAGGAGAUGAGCAAGGUGUGGAACGACUUGCAGCCCAAGCUCAGCUGCCUCUUCGCGGGACCCAGCAGCUCCCUGCUCCCGCCGGGGCCCCCGCAGGACGGCAGGUCUUCUCACUAGUUCCAGAGGCCUGGGGCGGGAGCUCCGGCGGCCUCACUAAAACCUCUUUCCAAACGGUGUGUCCCUCUUUAAUUCCCUUCAGACAGUGGCUGCCCCCGCCCACCACAGGGUCCCCGGUGUUGGGCUGAUGUCCGGGCCGGGUGGGGGUGGGGUUGGAAAGUAGGGCGGAGGCCACUGGGAUCUGCUCAACUGCCCCUGACCCCUUCCCCCCCCGCCCCCGCCUGCCACACGGUGCCUGUGAGUCUGUCUGGGAGAAGCAGAGGGUCCCUGAAAUGGUUUUCUCUGAUCCCCAGAGGGCAGGGCGGCGGGAUAGUUUCCAUGUGGCAGGUGCUGGGGGGACAUGUGCAGGGACCCCAGGGGCUUAGAGCAGUUGGGAGGGUCUGGAUGAGCUGGCCCCACAGAGGGCAGGACUGUCCUUAUGUCGGACGAAAGGUGGCUGUACCGGGCAUAUCCCUGGAGGCCAGCAGGACGUCUUGGGAAGGUGUGGGCAUGGCAGUGUGAGUGUGUGUGGGGUGGGGACUUGGGGGGCGCUGGGCGCACAGAUGGUGUUGAUUUCCAAGAGACAAGCCUGGGGGAGUGCUGUGGGGGCCGCGGCUUAGUCUCUGGGGAAAGUGUCCUGUGUCCCUACCUGUGUGCACCUCAUUCUGUAACCCGUGUGUGCACAGCGGUCUACAAUGUUGGAGACAAGGUGAACUGUUGCUUCUGUUUGUCCCAGUGCAGCAAUGGCUCUGUUCUCUCGGCUGCCUGGAUGCCCCCCUCUUUGCAGACCGCACCUUAAGCCUGGAGGCUGGAAGGGCACAGGAAGGCCGGCGGGUGGGGGCAGCGUCCUAGCUGGGCUCGGCAGGAGGGGGCCAUGUUGCCAUGGCUGACCUGCUUUAAACUGACCUCAUUUGCUCUGGGCGUUCAGACCCCUGCUUCUAGCCUCCCUCUGCACGCACAGGCCCAGAGGGCAUCUGUUCAGGAGUCUGGGGUUCCUGUGUGUUGAGGUCCUGGGUGUUUCCUGUUUGGAAUCCCUUCUGUGUCCGCAGGCAGGGCGCGUCCUCUAACGUCCGCAGCCCUCUGAGCUCACUGUCCUUGGUCCCGAGCGGGGCUGGAGGUUCUGACUGCACGGCAGGAUUCCUGAGAUUCACGCCUUCUGGGGGUGCGUGCAGACGUGCAGGGCUUCUCUUGGGUCUCGUCUGCCUGUGUGUCUGCACACGGCAUGGGGACCGAGGGUGACUUCUGUACCCGCAGGCAGGUGGGCUUCCCCGAGGGCACUGUGCACACCGCAGUCUGGGGGACCGUGUCCUUUUGGUCUGGCCGGACAACUGUGUCAGGUGGGGACUCGGGCCCACCCCACGCAUGGGUCCUGCCUGUGCCAGCACAGCAGCUGUGGGGGCGCGGGGGGUGGUGGUGGUAAGGCAGUUGUGCCCUUCCCAGCCCGUGGCCUUGUGAGGGUGGCUUGUGCCUUCCUGGGCUCACAGGGAGCAGGGCAGUGUGCCUGCAGAGCCCAGCACGUCAGGAGCUGCUUUGGUUACUGGCCUGUUUCUGGGUGGUGCUUGCGUUCUGACUCCCGCUGUAGAAACGGGUUCUCGGGUGCUGUGAGUGGGUCUGUGCGGUCCUGAGGGCUGCUCCCACAGCCUCAUGUACACUUGAGCCAUAAAGCAGGAGCCUUAAGUCUCCUGUUCUGUCUCUGCCAGCUGCUGCUCACCCGCACGUGCCCUGGCCCGUGAGGGACGGGCCACCCCAGGACCAUGGAGACACCCUGAGCAGGCCCUGCCUCACACGCGCUGGGCAGCAGCAUGAAGGCGGGAGGGCCGGUGCAGGGAGGGCCUCCUCACCCACGUCCGAGGAGAUUUCCAGCUCUAGAGCCUUGCAGUGUGCUUUCUGAAGAGGACUUGCGGGCGACUCUGUGUUCCUGCUGUGGAAGGUGGGAGCCAGUCUGGCCUGCUGCUCUUGGCUGGAGGGGCGUUUCUGGCCCAACCCCUCCCUCCCCAGGUCCUGCAGGGAGGUCAACAGAUAAGACUUGCUGGGGGUGGGGUGGGGGAGUCAUGUCCUCCUGGUGCCCUCAGCUGGGGACAGUAGAGGCCACCUUUAGUCCACACAUCCUCCAUGUGCCCCUGUGCCUGGGCUGCAGGCCUGGGUUGUUCUGCUCAGUGAUGUCCUGGGAGGCCUAGGCUGCCCAGGAGAGUGGGAUGGCCUUGUCUUCCAUGGCCUGCACAGUCCGAUGGCACCGGCCAGAGCCCUGCUCUGCACUCUGGCAAGGCUGGAGUGGAACUCUGCCCAGGACCUUCCAGCCUGGACCUCGCUCACUUGCUGUGGCCUGCAGAUGUGUGGCAGGAGCAGAAGACGCAGGCUCUGAUGUGGGUGCGUGUAGGGCUGCACGGACUGGUGCUGGGCUGCUUCUGUACCCCCUUAGGGAUGCAGUUUGCUGUGCGGAGCACUUUAUGAGGCUGUGAGGGUCAGUGAUUACUACACCCAGUAAACUGGAAUUGUUCACAAAUGGCCUACAUUCCAAGAUUUUUACGUAAGCACGAACAACCAUUAAACCUGUUUAUGACAGUU